UCAGAUCACGAUAGACCGGCGUUGACUAGUAUAUAACAGCCGGCCAAGAAACGAGUUCCGGGCCAGGUGAACUCUAAGCAGUCAUUCUUACUUUCUUUCUUUCUUUCCUUAACACAUUUAUUCUCAAAUUCAAUGGGAUCCUAGCCACUUUCUCACCGGCAGCCUCUUUCAUUGGCACUAUACAGUAUCGCCGUUUACCCUCAAUCGCACAUCUUCUCGUGCGUCUCGUUAUUCCGUGCACCGGAAUGACCUAGUCGCACAAGUGUGCACACCGUUCUCAGCAGCGCUUCAGCUGUGAAACACCGGAUAUUCUUUGGCUCGAUCGUUCUGAGUGUAACGUUCGAUAAUCCACGCUUCGACCACUUCCUUUUAUUGUUUCCCCCUUCAGCUGCACCAUGCGACAACGCAGCAGCGGACUAUUCCUAGUUUUCCUUCUUCCUUCCGUAUUUGCUCAACAAAACCAACCGACCGCCAAUGGCCCGCCACAACCACAGUCCCGGCAGUACCAGCCGUACCCGCAACCCGGUCAGCCUCAACAGCCGCAGUACCAGUCGUUAGGCAACCCCAACCAGUACCAGCCCAACCCAAACGCCUACUAUAACAGCCAACCGCAGCAGUCGCCCAGCAUAGCGCUGGCUCGCUCCAACUUCCCGGCGUACGGGCCCGCUUCGGGCGCCGGUUACAAUCCCAGCCUGUACGACCAGCCCUACAACGCCUACCCCAACGCCAACCCCGGCCUGUCCUCCCGCAAAAUCGAUUCGCCCUCGGCGCCCAUCGCCCCGCUGAACAGCGGGAAUAAUCCCCGCUUCGCCGGCAGUGCCACGCCUUUCAACAACAUCGGCCAGGCGCUCAACCAGCAACGCCAAGGCGGCCCCGGCCGCGGUGCGCCUAAUAACUUCCAGCAGCCUCCGCCGCAACAGCAGAACCCCUUCGGCGGCUUCGGAAUGCCGGGCGGUGGGAUGCCAGGCGGUGGGAUGCCGGGAGGUGGAAUGGGAAUGCCGAGCGGCGGCGGGUUCGGCCAGCCGCCGCAGAUGAUGGGUCAGGGCUCCAACAUGAAUCCCAUGAUGAUGCCGCCCGGCGGAGGGUUCCAAGGUGGCGCUCCACCCGGCGCCAUGCAGAUGCCCCAGCCGAUGCAGAUGCCGGGCGGCCCCGGCGGCGGCGGCGACCAGGCCAACGCCUUCACCACCUUCGGCGCCGGCGGCAUGGGCGACGUCUUCAACGACCCCUGGAAGAACCCCUCCGCCUUCAUGAACGCCGCCCAGGGCAACUCCCCGCCCACCGACGCCAAAGCGGCCGUCAAAGGUCAACUGGCGAAACAGGGCCAACAGCUGGCGGGAGCGCCUAACCAGGUGAACCCCGGCGCACAACUCUCGUCGCCUCCCGGCGGUAACGACGCCUUUGGAGCCAACUCCCCGUUCGGCGCCAAUUCGCCCUUCGCGGCCAUGGGCGGCGCCAACAGUCCGUUCGGCUCGUCCGGCCCCAUGUCCAGCAUCAGCGCCGGCAUGGGCGGCUUCAACAGUCCCCUGGCCCAGGGCGUCUUUGGACCCGGCGGCAGCGGUUUCGGCGCCAACAGUCCCUUUGGGGCAAGCGGCAACCAGAACCCGAUGGCCGGUCAGGGCGGUCUGCAGUCGCAGGUCUUCUCCAGUCCGCAGGGAUUAAACAACCUCCCUAGCUUCAGCGGACCACAGGCCGCGCCCUACGGCGGAUACGGCAACGGCGCCGUCGGCUACGGACCUUACGGUAACGGCAUCAUAGGUCAAAACUAUGGAGCAGUCAGCAAUCCCAACCAACCAGCCAACCCUAGUCCGAACAUGAUGGGCGGAGGCAGCCAGAUGAUGCCCAGCUUCGGCGGAGCCCCGCAGAGGGACGCCGGAUUCGGCGGCGGAAGCGGAGGCAUGCCGGGCAUGGGCGGCAUGGGUGGAAUGGGCGGGAUGGGAGGAAUGGGCGGCGGAUUCCCCUCUUUCGGCGGAAUGGGCGGCGAUAUGAUGGGCGGUAUGGGCGGUAUGGGCAACAUGGGAAUGGGCGGCAUGGGUGGAAUGGGUGGAAUGGGCGGAAUGGGCGGAAUGGGUGGAAUGGGCCAAUCGCCAAUGAACUUUGACUUCCGUAACUCGGGCCCGCCGCAGCCGCCGUCGCCGAUGCAGCCGCAGUUCCCGCAAUCAGGUGCGCCCCCACAGCCACGCCCCCCUAACAACGACGAUAAUGUCGAUGUGGCUAACAAUAACGUGAUCAAUAAUAAUGAUGGCAGACCAACCUUCCCCACCAGCCCGCCCAGCAGCAACACGACCCCAUCGUCUGCGGACGGACCGACUUCGACAGCAAGCGAUGUCAAGGUUCAUGCCGCCUGAGCGACGACGCGGAUUCCUGCAGAAAUGACACGUGUCGAUUCCUUUCAAUCCCUAACCAAAGCAGCCACACCGAUGCCAUAACAGUUGUCUACACAGAGGAAGCCGGCUCCCUUCGGAAUACGGCUGGGCCACGUGGCUGACCUUCCCGGCGCUGCGGCGGCGGCGCAUUGACCUGUGCUUGAGUGUACCGCAGCAGACUGCCGCCCGCCGGCUACUUGUCACUAUUCCUUAUGAAUGAUAGCCUCUUAAUUUAAUCUGACUGUGGUGCGACGUGGCAGCCGCUCUGUGGUACUGCGCUACAGCGCACUCUUUCACAACAUUCUCCAUAAUCUUCGUUACUUAUGAAUUCUGUUGUCCUGCUUCAUAUUGUUGGCAGUAUUCUGAUUUGUUAUUAUUGUAUAAAAAUGUUGGCUUGAAAACAGAAAUCACAAUAGUCGUACCUACUCGUGCUGUAUCUAAGUAA